AUGGAGGAAAUACAGGUAGUCAUCAUAAGUGCUGGUCCUGCUGGUCUAGCAACCUCUGCAUGUCUUAACCGCCUCAAUAUCUCAAAUGUCCUACUCGAAAGAGAAGAUUGCUACGCUUCUCUUUGGAAUAAAAGAUCAUAUGAUCGUCUGAAGCUUCACUUAGCUAAGCAAUUCUGUGAGCUACCCUAUAAGCCUUUCCCUGAAAAUGCACCCACAUAUGUUCCUAGAAAAUAUUUUAUUCAAUACAUUGAUACUUAUGUAUCCACUUUCCAGAUAAACCCACUGUACCACAGAAAUGUGGAGACUGCAUUUUAUGAGGAGGAUGUGGGAAAAUGGUGUAUCCUUGUCAACAAUACGAAAUUCAAAUUUGUUGCGGUAGCGACUGGUGAAAAUAGUGGAGGCUAUCUUCCUCAAACUAAAGGUUUGAGUAGCUUUAAAGGCGAAAUCAUUCAUUCGAGCGAGUAUGGAAAUGGCAACAAGUACUGUGGGAAAAAUGUUUUAGUUGUCGGAUCUGGGAAUUCCGGAAUGGAAAUUGCCUAUGACUUAUCAAAUUCAGGCGCUAAUACUUCUAUUGUUGUCUGUAGCCCGGUCCAUGUUCUUACCAAGGAGAUCGUGUUCCUUGGAAUGGUUCUGUCGAAGUAUUUUCCUGUGAAGAUUGUUGAUGGCAUUGUCCUGUUUUUAACCAAGUGGAAAUAUGGAAAUUUAUCCAAAUAUGGGAUACAAAAUCCAACAAUGGGGCCAUUUUAUAUCAAGCAAAACAAAGGACACUCCCCCAUCAUCGAUGUUGGGACUAUUGAAAAGAUCAAGAGUGGAGAAAUACAGGUUCUGCCAUUCAUAGCAAACAUAGAAGGAAAUGAAGUCCAGUUUGAGAAUGGGUACCUUGAAUGUUACGAUGCUAUAGUAUUUGCUACAGGCUAUAAAAGCACAGUUCUGAAGUGGCUCAAGGAUGAGAACGACCUCUUCAGUGAGAAUGGAAUGCCGAAGAAACCGUUUCCCAAGCACUGGAAGUCACAAAAGGGCCUUUACUGUGCUGGAUUCUCAAGUCGUGGAUUAUUUGGCAUUUCACGUGAUGCACAGAAUAUAGCAAAUGAUAUCAAUUUCUCUCUCAAUCAUAGCAACAGAGACAUAUGA